AUGGCAUCGCAAGAGUGCAAAAUGGACUCUUCAAAUGAGUCAAUUCCAUCCUUGUUCGCUCGAGACAACAUUAAGUUUCGCAAAAUAAUCAUUGAAAAAAUACGAAGGGACCGAAUCAACAACAGUAUUGAGGAGCUGAGGACUUUACUUCAAACGCAUCAGACGGCAGAGCAGAAUCCGGACAGGCUGGAGAAAGCUGACAUUUUGGAGCUGGCUGUGCGAUUCCUGAAGGAACAGGCAUCAUCAAAGUCUAACGAAAGUUACCACUGCGGCUUCUCACAUUGCCUGCAAGAAACACUUCGUCACCUGUCGUUACACGCGCCACUGCAACCUGCGGCACGAGAGCAGAUCAAGCGCUUUUACGUGCGUCAAAAAGUGAGCAUGAGCACGCGCCUGCCUUCAGAGUCGCGCCCGCAGUUCUACAUGCCGUCAAAGCGACAUCCAACGUGGAGAGCGCGAAAAGCCCUGUGGCGACCAUGGUAA